AUAGACAUAAUAUUAAAUAGUCAUAAACCAUAUGUUAUAUAAUAAUAAUAAUAACAAUAUGGCUUGUUCAAAGAAUAUUUGGGUUGUUAUAUUCUUUUUGUGCAUUUUGGCUGGUCCUAUUAUUGCUCAAGAUUACAAAGAUUCACUUGGCAAAGCUAUUUUAUUCUUUGAAGGGCAACGUUCUGGGAAAUUGCCAGUUUCUCAAAGAGUCAAAUGGAGAGGAGAUUCUGCACUCAUCGAUGGGAUAAUUGAACGUGUGAACUUGAUUGGAGGCUACUAUGAUGCUGGUGACAAUGUGAAAUUUGGAUGGCCCAUGGCUUAUUCUUUAACCUUGUUGAGUUGGGCUGCUAUUGAAUAUCAAACACAAAUCUCUUCAACAAACCAACAAGUCCACCUCCAAAAUGCAAUUCUUUGGGGCACAAAUUUCUUAAUUCGAGCCCAUACUUCAAGUACCACUCUCUAUACUCAGGUCGGAGAUGGAAAUGCGGAUCACCAAUGUUGGGAAAGACCAGAAGACAUGGAUACUCCUAGAACACUAUAUAAAAUAACAUCAAAUUCUCCAGGAUCUGAGGUGGCAGCUGAUGUGGCAGCUGCUUUUGCUGCUGCAUCUAUUGUUUUCAAAAAUAUUGAUUCCAACUAUUCUACCAAGUUGUUAAAAAGAUCAAAAUCUUUAUUUGCGUUUGCGGACAAGUAUAGAGGAUCUUACCAAGCUUCUUGUCCAUUCUAUUGUUCUUACUCAGGUUAUAAGGAUGAAUUGUUGUGGGCUGCUGCUUGGCUAUAUAAGGCAGGUGGAGGAAACAAUUAUUUAAAUUAUGCUUCAAAUAACCAAGGUUGGAGUCAAGUUGCCUCUGAAUUUAGUUGGGAUAACAAGUUUGCUGGAGCCCAAACUUUACUAGCUAAGGAAUACCUUAAUGGAAAGAGCAAUUUGGAAAAAUUCAAGAAAGAUGCUGAUUCAUUUAUUUGUGGAUUAAUGCCAGAAAGUAGCUCUAUACAAAUUAAGACAACCCCAGGUGGACUUUUGUAUUAUAGAGAUAGUAGCAAUUUGCAAUAUGUGACUGGUGCCACUAUGGUACUUUUUAUGUACACUAAAGUCCUUGAGGCAGCUGGAAUAGGAGGAGUUACAUGUGGAUCUGUUAAUUUUUCCACCUCCAAGAUUAAAGCCUUUGCAAAAUUACAGGUGGACUACAUACUUGGAAACAAUCCACUUAAAAUGUCAUACAUGGUGGGAUUUGGCAACAAAUAUCCAACACAACUUCACCAUAGAGCCUCAUCACUCCCUUCAAUUUAUAACCAUCCAACUAGGGUGGGCUGCAACGAUGGCUAUAGUUCAUGGUACAAUUCUAACAAUCCAAAUCCAAACACACAUGUCGGUGCGAUCGUCGGUGGGCCCAAUUCCGGGGACCAAUUUGUUGAUUCGAGAUCAGAUUACUCUCAUUCUGAACCCACGACUUAUAUGAAUGCAGCAUUUGUAGGAUCCGUGGCCGCUUUGAUUGGUCAAAACAAAGAAGGAGAACACUAUGGGGAAAUUAAUUCACAAUUUAACAAAACAGUUUUAUGUGAUAGAUAAAUUAGUAAAGAAUUGAAUGCCAUGCAAUUAUUGCUAAAUACAUGUACAUAUAAUAAAUAUCAUAAAUAUAUCAAGCUAUAAAUAUAUGUAUAUACAUAUAGUAAUAAAUAUCAGAAAUGUAUCAAACUCAUGUGUUUAAAUGCUUAUCCUUUACAAGUUCUUUUUCAUUUGUCAUUUAUGCUAAAAAUA